UCUCCCCUACCGGCGGUUGGGGUUGGUGGCAGGUGUAGCGGCUACGGGCAGGGACCGGGCUGAGCGGCCGCCGCCGACGGUGGCUUCAUGAGCCUCCUGUUGUCGCCGCCGCCGUCGCUGCCACUGCUGCUUCUGGUCGUGACCAGAGGCACCUGCGCCUUCUUCUACCAGGCCGGGGUCAUGAACGUAUGCAGCGGCAGCAGCGGCGGCGGGGGUCGCGCCACCCCUGCGGUGGGCUCCCGCGGCAUGGGGCAGGGCAUCCAGUGUCUGCGGCUCCCUAACGUACAGGGCGCCGAUACGCAGCGCUGCAACGAACUGCUCCUGUUGGCGGCGGCGGGGCUCCGCGAGCAGAACGACCCCCUGGAGAGCCCCGCAGAGAAGGCGAAGCUGGAGACUUUGGCGGCAGCUCCCCAACAUCACGUCCUCUACUUCCCUGGAGACGUCCAGAACUAUCGUGAAGUUAUGGCACGUCAUCCUGAGAAUUUUCAAUGGGAAAACUGGAGUUUAGAAAAUGUUGCUUUCCUUCUCGCACACCACUUCACCAAUAGUUAUAUUUGGGUAGUAAAGAGCUCCCGCAUGCAUUUGCACAAGUUCAGCUGUUAUGACAAUUUUGUGAAGAGCAACAUGUUUGGUGCCCCAGAUCACAACACUGAGUUUGGAGCUUUUAAGCAUCUUUAUUCGUUAUUAGUUAAUGCAUUCACUCUUACACAGAACAUUAUCUUGUCAAAGAAGAAAAGGUAUGGUUUAAGAAAGGAGGCAAAGACCUCUAGCUACUGUAGAGCAAAUUCAUCUCAUGCUUCAAAUGGCUGCCAGGUUGAGAGAGAAAGAAAAUAUGAACAAUAUGAUGACUCUGAUACCAACUUUAAUCCACCAUCUUUUAAAGAUGCAUCCUUUACUUUAAUUGGAUUCAGUAAAGGAUGUGUUGUUUUGAACCAACUACUUUUUGAGCUGAAAGAAGCCCAGAAAGAUAAGAACAUAAACACCUUCAUCAAAAACAUAAGAACAAUGUACUGGCUGGAUGGUGGUCAUUCUGGAGGAAGCAAUACUUGGGUUACAUACCCCGAAGUGUUGCAAGAAUUUGCAAAGACAGGGAUUACAGUUCAUACUCAUGUUACUCCUUACCAAGUAAAUGACCCCAUGAGGUCUUGGAUUGGAAAGGAGCACAAGAAAUUUGUACAGAUCCUCGAGGACUUUGGCAUGGAGGUGACUAGCCAGAUUCACUUUGAGGAGGAACCUCCUUCCAUAGAAAAUCACUUCAGGAUUCAUGAAGUAUUCUGAAACUUGAAGUUUACCAAUUUAUUGUAUUAAGUUAAAGGAAAAAGCACUCUUGUGAAAUCAAGUGACAAGAAACAACAUUCAAUAGCACCUUGUAUUGUUAGUUUGGAGAAAAUAGAAGCACGGUUACUAAAAAUUGGCAUGAUGUGCUGAUGGUAUUCAUUGAAAGUGAAUUCCAGCAAUUUUUAGUCAUAAGUUGGAUUAGUUAACAAUUCAUUUAUGAAUUCAGUGUGGUUCUUGCUAAUCCUAUGGUGUUUCCCUUGAAAUUAGUGAAAAAGUUAUAACUACUGUCUUUUCAAAGGCAUAUGAUUGAUUUAAACUAUAAAAUUAUUAUUGAUAUUUAAAUAAUUGGAGAUUUUGAAUAUUUACUUCUUGGUAACAAUAAAGAAACAGUAACUUAUCUUUUUAGCACCCUGAAAAAUUUAAUAUUUGAUUUCAUUAUACACUUGGGUGGGAACAUUGUUCUUUUAUUUUCUUUAAAAGAGGCAAAAAUUUGAUGACAUUUUCUAUUGUUUGGAGUAACUACCAAUUUGUGCCUCAUUCUUAUUGCCAUAAAAAGGAUAUUUACAUAAUAUUGCUUCAUCUUGCAACAGCUGUCACUUAUUAGUCUUUUCUUCUAGGUCUUAUAAAAAUAUUAAAUGUUUGUCUAAAAAAUGACCAAUAACCCAGUAGUGUACAAUUGGCCAUUAAGUUUUAACAUUCCAUCUCAACUUCAGAGUUUGAUUUUUAACUGAAAGUUUUUGAUAAGACAAUACUUAAUUCAUUUUGGUCAGAAACGUCUUUUGGGAAAUUGGUCAGAAACAGAAUAUCUUCUUCUAACUAAUAUAUACUGUGGUCACAUUUAAACAUUUCAUUUCAUGAACUUUAUGAAAAAGAUCAACAUGGGUGGUAAAAAAUAAGCCAAAAAAUAAAAUCAUUGCUCCACUUAUUACUCUCCUCAAAAGAAGACAAAUUCUACAGUUCUGAAUCACUGGUUUCUUUCCAGAAGAGUAAUCUGCCUGCCAAAAGGAAACAGCUCUCUUUGGCCAAAAUGCAAAAUUGCUGCAGAAAGAAGUUAUAAAGGAAAGUUUAAAGACACAAAAUUUAAUUUUUGCUCAAAAAAUUUUAAUUUAGUUAACAUUGCUGCAUAAGAUAGGUAAAGGCCCCUUCUGCCAAUUUUUCUUUGACCUAAAUACACUUUGAGAAACCAGGAUGUUAGUUAUCAAUGAAAAGAAGUUGUUUGAUGAAGACAAAAUGAUUUUUUUUAUCAGAGUGAAUACUUGUCACAGUAAUUAAUCUUUAAAUAGUUGUGCAGUAAAUGUGAUAAUUAACUUAUGAUUUGGGGGGGAAUGGAGAAGUAAAAUAACAAUUACCCUACAGACAAUAAUAGUAUUUUACUCACUGAAAACUAAUGAACAUAGUACAAUCUUGGCUUUGGGUCAACUAAUAUAAUUUCAUAGAAUAACUUAUUUAGUCUUUUCAUAGUACCUUUAAAAAAAUUGCUAUUGAAACAUUCCAAAAGUUCAGUGUUUAAUGGGAAAUGGGAUCACUCUUUAAAAUGUUCCCUGAAAAAAAACUAAGCAGAAACAUCCUAUUUUGUAUAGAAUCCUAUUCUGUAUCUGAAUAGUAUCCUAUUCUGUAUAGAAAUACUAUGUUUUUAACUUGCUCUUGGAUUUUUAGAAGAAACAAGACUUUCUUUAGUUUCUUUUGUGACCAAAAAGUUCCUUUCAACACCCAUCCUCCCAACCCCCAGCUCCAAUCAACUCCUAACCUUUAAAAAAAAAAAAAAAACCUGCAAAGUGGUUGAUAAAAUAGGUUGUACCAAAUGUAAUAGCUGUUUUAAUUCCCACAUUCAUAUGUGAUUGUACUGUUAUCUUACUGUUCUGUGACUAAUAAGUGAAAGAGGAGGAUUUUUUUUCCCAAUGAGAUUGAAAAGAGAUUUGGGAUGGAAAAGUUCAGGGGAGAGUGGUUUUCUGUAUAUCUUUUAAUAUUGUGAUUAUAAUAAACAUCUCAAGUUCUUUAUGUAUUAGUGGUAAUGUGAAUGAUAAAUAUAAACUUCAAAAUGCCCUUUUUGAAAUUUUCUGGAAAGAUAACCUUGUAGAAAUCAAGAAAAUUAUCAGAUUCUGAAGCAAGUACUAUUAUAUCGCAACAUUACUUUUUCCUGUGCUGUGACCUGUGUUUUAAUUAUUAUUAGCAGUACUUUAAGGCAAAAUUUUCUGUGUCAGUUUUGUUUUCUACUUUCAUAAUUGUAGUAACAUGUAUACUUUUCAAUUUUGCCUUGUGGCACAAGUUGAAAAAUAGACGUGAAAACAUUGUGAAAGGUUGAUCCCACCGUAGCAUUAAUGUACAAUUGUAUUAAAAUUAGUAAUUGAUAGAGACUGCUUUUGAGUGUACUUUAUAUAUAAAUAAAGAGUUAACUAAUGUUGAAAUGUUUGAGUAGAUGCUACUAAUGUGCCAGGUUAGGUUUGGAUAUGUGAGAUAUAUUACAUUUUUGUCUUUCUUGGCUAACCUAUAUUGUUUAAAUUCACUUUGAACAUUAAGUAUAACAAAUGUUAUGUAGUCUACUAUAAGAACGAUUUUUUCUGUCCCAGUUUUGAAUUGCUUUGUAAAAUUUAGCACUUUUUCAUUAUAAUGCAUGUUUUUCUAGAGUAUUCAUAAAUUAAUUUACUGUUAAUUCUCAAAUUUAGUAAUUUUUAAAGUUCUGUGAAUUGUUUCAGUCCUUCUGGAACAUUGUUUAUUAAAACUUUUAGGGUCCUACAAUGAUAAGGGCACUUUUAAUCUCUUUUAAGUAUUGUUUUUCUGACAUAAUUUAAAUUUUGAUAUUUAUAUGGUAUGUCAUUCCUAGUUGGGCAAAGUUUUUGUAAUUAUAUCAAGUGGGAAUAUAUGAGGGUCUUUUGCUCUUGCCCAGAUGGUCUUGCCAAUAAAAAUCUUGGGGAUUUAAUAAUUA